UGGGACAAUUUUUAAAGAUGAAGUGUACGGAUUUGAGGUUCUGGUGAAUACGAGUCGCCAAGCGGUGGAAUUCGGGGAGUCCCUGGAGGUGACCUGCAGUACAACGUGUAACAACGCAACGAUAAUUGUGGAAUAUAAACCAGGGUUAAAUCCCAACAGAACUCACGGUGAUAAGUGGAUUACAGACCGAUUUCCGAGAAUCCAGAAAUGGGAUUUCUCAGCACCCUGUACUGUAAUCUGUAAAUCUGCAACACCUACAAUGAAGGAGAACAAACGGGUGGUCCCAGUGUACAAUCGAAACUUAAGCAUUGUUCAACCUCCUGAAGUGCUGGAAGUUAACAAAUCAUAUCAGCUGGAGUGCACUGGCCCGAAGGUCUAUCCACAGAACAGACUCGUACUCACCUGGCUCAGAGGGAGUGAGGUUGUUCAACGUAAUUCCACAGAGGACCCAGGUCUCCCGGAUGAUGGUCCAUUGAAGAAUGUCCUUAAUUUCAUUGCAAAUAUUUCUGACGAUGGAAUGGUGUACACCUGCUUGGCAGAUUUGAUCUUGGGCUCUAAUACGACCACAUGGAUCGCAAAUGCCUCUGUGACUCUGCAAACGUACUCUUUUCCAGAGCCGCCGAGGAUCCUCAACAGAGACCCUGUAGAAGUAAAUCAGAAGACCACAUUGACAUGUGAGGUCUCAAACAUCUACCCUGCCGAGAAGGUGAGAUUAAGGUGGUUUCAGGAUGGUGAGGAAUGGAAUUCAAUUCCCAGUAGAUCAGAUUCCACCACAGUCCAGGCAACAGCUACAUGGACACCACGAGAGAGCGGUGAGACUGAACUCAAAUGCACGGCAGAUUUUGAGGACUAUCCAUCAGUUUCAUCAAAGAAUGAUAGCAUCACCAUUGACAUGUACGUUUUCUCCAACCCUGAAUUCCACAUCCCGAACACCACUGAGGGUAUUCCGGUGAAUAUUACCUGCAGUGUGUUUAACGUCUCAGGGGAAUUUCAACUCAGACUGAAGAAGGGAAGUGAGUUAUUAGUGAACAGGUCAGCCAGUACUGAGCUGACUAUCAACCACACUGAGAAUCCACGAGCAAAGCUGAAUGGACAGCAGUUCACCUGUGAGGCCGAGCUGACACUUCACCAUCACUCCAACACCAUUGUUAAACGACAGUCCACCAAUCUCACUGUCUGGUAUCCUCCAAAGGAAGCACAGAUCUCUGAAAAGCAGAACUGGAUUGAAGGGCAAUCACAGAAUUUAACCUGUCACGCAGAUGCCAACCCAGUUCCCGAGGUGCGCUGGAUCAAAGAUGGAAAAACGAUCAGUCGUGGUGAGAGUCUGCACAUCCCCUCGGUCCGGCUGGGAGAUGGUGGUCGGUACAUUUGCGGAGUCAGCAAUAAUAUUGGUUCCACCAGCUCCUCUCACGAUGUAGAGAUCUUGUAUAAACCACAAAACACAACUAUAUCAGUAAAUAACAAAAUUGUGUCCGGGCUUACAGUCUUCAUCAGAGAAGAUGAUGAAGUUACAAUGACCUGUCACUCCAUUGGAAACCCCCAAGUAACACUGGAAUGGGAAAAGCCCGGUCAGGGUGUCAAAGGGUUCUCCACAUUUACCGGCGGUCCUGCGGUUCUCCACAUUUCCCAGGCAACAUCAGAACACAAAGGAAUUUACACGUGUAGAGCCCGCAAUGCACAUGGAACAGAUGAGAAGCAAGUGGAAAUCAAGAUGGAAGGUGAUGAUUGGAAGAUGCUGCUGCAGAUCUUGAUACCCAUCCUAAUAGUGUUUCUCGUGCUGGUAGUCGCCUGGUUCCUAAUACACAGAGCUCGGAAAACAGGGCAUUACAAGGUCAUGAAUGCAGAACCCCACAAAAAUCAAGAAAUCCCUUCUGGGAACGAUCAGGAAUCUUUUCCUUUAAAAGAAGUGAAAUCAGACAAAGUUCUAAACAAUAACCACUCACAGACUAAUAUAAAUGGUGUUACAUCGAUCAAUUCUGCACAGAUAAAACAAUAAUUUAAUGAAUAUUGUGAGGGACCCUGCUAAUUUCAAUUUUACAGUCUACCGGCAACAUAUACUGUGCUAAAUGCAAGGACACUUCACUCCCAAGAGUGUUGAAUUCCGGGCUGUUUUUGAAUCAAUUCAUCAAAAAGUUGAUUUGGAUUUCUACAAAGAUGGAGUCACCACCUGAACAUGGCCAUCGGGGCUAUUUCAGCAGUAAGGGCAUUUGAGCCCGGCAACUUUCCGUCCCCCUCAUGGAAAUUACCGUUGGAUCACAGACUUGUUCACGUGUUGCAAACAUCUACUUCCAUGGUAACUAUUCGCAUAAAUGACACAAAUAUUCUCUUUAUAUUCUGUUAAAAGUGGAUAAAAUGUGAGACAAUACCUUUCACAACAUUCUCAUCCUCUUGUUUAAAUAGUCGAUAUCCGAUCGCUUUCUAUCCCUGUAAUCUCCUCCAGUGACACAACUCCCCGAGGACUUUCUGGCUGUCCAUUGCUGAUUCAUCCCUGCACUAGGGGGAGCUGUGCUUGCAGCUGCCUUCAGUGUUAAACUCUGCAGUUCCCUGCCCCGACCACACGGUGUCUCUCUCUUGUUUUGUUUAGCAUCCCCUGGUGUCCAUUGAUGUACGGUUCUGGGAGUGUUAUAAAUGGAAGCCAGUGGCACUCUGGCCGAGUGCACUCCUAAAUAAAUUUGUGUUCUAAUCCUACCCGGACCCAAUUCCAUUGAAUAUAUUCAGUGAUGGCGCAUCCACAACCUGUGCAUGAAGAAUUCCAUCAAUUUACAGCUGGAGAGAAGAAAUUCCUCCCUAAUUCAGUCCCAAAUGACCACCCACUCACCCUGAAACUUUGCCUCUCGUUGCACAGUCUUCCAUUUUUAGAAAGAGCAGACUUCCUGAUUCCUUUCACAUUGAGAUCGGUUCUUCUAACCUCUAGUGGUUAGUGGUACACCACCUGUUUGUGGAGAGUUGUAUUUACAAUCUUCACAAAUUAACUUUUUUUCUCUAAAUCAUUCAGAAAAUUAAGGAAAACACUGGUGAACUUCUCCGUAAAAGCUGGCUGUACACAAUUCUCAGGGCUAACAUUUCUCAUUUCACACAGUCGACAAGGAAGGAUAUGUCGUAAGCAACACUGAAAAAAUUAGGAGGAACACAGCAAGUCUGGCAGCACCUCUGGAAAUGAAUAAACACUCGACGUUUCAGGCCGAGACCCUUCAUCAGGACUGGAAAGGAAGGGGGGAGACAACAGAAUUAAAUGGUAGGGUGACGGGAAGCAGGAUAGGCUGAAAAUGAGAUGUGAAGGCAGGUGGGAAAGGUAAAGGGCUGGUGAAGAAGGAAUCUGAUAGGACAAUGGAUCAGAGUAGAAAGGGAAAGAGGAGGAGCGCUGGGGGGAGGUGACAGGCAGGUGAGAGGAGCUAAGGGGUCAGAGUGGGGAACAGAAGAAGAAGGGAGGGUGGAGGGAAAAUUCCUUUUACCUGAAGGACAAAUUAAUAUCCAUUAUAAAGAAAUAUCAUAAUAAAGAGAGAAUCAAUUUUAUUUGUCAUAUACAAUUAGGAAUUUGCUGUGGUGUGUCAGUGUGACAGGCAACUAAAGACUAAUAUAAAAAUAAAGUUCAAAGUAGAGAGCUGGUGUCAAAUGUGCAUAAAUAUUGGCAUAUAUUUGUCCAGUCUUCUUAAACACUUGACUACCGUUCAUGCUCUGCAUCUAGAACAAGGUCAGGUCUGGGAGGGAGUGUACUUCAAAUAGUCUUGCAGCCAGAAUAGUUCUGAGAGUCCAUUGAAAUUGUGGUUACUGCCAGAGGCCUCGUGCUCUGGAACUGGAAUUGGAAUGAGGGCAGUAUCGUAUGUAGAGAGACAGUGAAAAGCUUGUCUUGCUGACUGUGCGUACAGAUCAAUUCACCACAGGGUGCACUGAGGUAGUACAAGGGAAAACAAUAUCAGAAUGCAGAGUAAUGUGUAACAGUGACAGUGGGUGCAGUGCAGGCAGAAAAUAAGGUGCUAGAGUGUAAUGAGGCAGGGUGUGAGGUCAAGAGUCUAUUGUACUUAUAACAGCAGGGUAGAAGCAGUCCCUGAGCCUGGUGCUGUGUGCUUUCAGACUCUUGUAUCUCCGGCCCAUAUGGAGAGGGGAGAAGAGAGAAUGUCUGGGGUGGGAGGGGUCUUUGAUGAUGCCAGUUGCUUUCUUCAGGGAGGGGGACGUGUAGACAGAGUCUCUGAAAGGGAGGCUGGUUUCCAUGAUGAGCAGAGCUCUGUCCACACCCUCUGCAGUUUCUUGUGUUGACGGGCAGAGCAGUUGUCGUACCAAGCUGAGAGAGGCUGCUUCCCAUGCUGCAUCAAUUAAAAAUCGCUCAGUGUCAACGGGGACAUAUCUACUUUGUUUAGCCUCGGGGGAAGUAGAGGCAUUGGUGACAUUUCCUGGCCAUGGGAUCUCUGUCCAAAGUUGACUGGAUGGAUAGCCUAGCAGAAAAGACAGUGGAACAGAAAUGGCAGGUAUUCUUGGGAAUAAUGCACACGGUGCAAAAUCAGUUUAUCCCCCAGAGAAGGAAGGAUUCAAAGGGGGGAAAGGGGCCACAGUGGUUGACAAAGGAAGUCAGAGAUUGCGUAGCAUUAAAAAAAAAGGAAGUAUGACAGAGCUAAGGAGAGUGGGAGGACAGAUGAUUGGGAAGUUUUUAAGGAACAACAGAACUUAACUAAAAAGGCAAUAUGGAGAGAAAAAAUGAGGUACGAACGCAAGCUAGCCAGGAAUAUAAAGAAAGAUAGCAAAAGCUUUUUUAGGUAUGUGAAGAGAAAGAAGAUAGGAACAAUGUUGGGCCCUUGAAGAAUGAAUUGGUUGAAAAUAUUAUGGGAAACAGAGAAAUGGCAGAAGAAUUUAAUGAGUACUUUAGAUCUGUUUUCACUAAGGAAGACACAAGCAAUCUCCCAGAUGUAUGGAUGGGCCAAGGACAUAGGGUAACAGAGGAAAUGAAACAGAUUGACAUUAGGAAGGAAAUGGUGAUGAGUAGACUGAUGGGACUGAAGGCUGACAAAUCCCCAGGUCCAGAUGGUCUGCAUCCUAGGGUACUAAAGGAGGUGGCCCUGGAAAUUGCGGAUACAUUGGUAAUCAUUUUCCUAUGUUCCUUAGAUUCAGGAUCAGUUCUUGAGGAUUGGAGAAUGGCUAAUGUUACCCCACUUUUUAAGAAAGGAGGGAGGGAGAAAAGAGAGAACUAUCGACCUGUCAGCCUGACAUCGGUGGUGGGGAAGAUGCUAGAGUCCAUUAUUAAGGAUGAAAUAGUGGCAUAUCUAGAUAGCAGCAAAAGGAUUGGGCCGAGCCAGCAUGGAUUUACCAAGGGUAAAUCAUGCUUGACUAAUCUGUGGGAGUUUUUCGAGGAUGUAACCAGGAAGUUAGAUGGAGGAGAUCCAGUGGAUGUAGUGUACCUCGAUUUUCAGAAGGCAUUUGAUAAGGUCCCACAUAGGAGAUUGGUGAGUAAGAUCAAAGCUCAGGGCAUCGGGGUGAAGACAUUGACAUGGAUAGAAUACUGGUUGGCAGAUAGAAAGCAAAGGGUAGCGGUGAAUGGAUGUUUCUCAGAAUGGCAGGUGGUGACUAGUGGGGGACCACAGCUGUUUACGAUUUACGUCAAUGAUUUAAAUGAAGGCAUUGAGAAUAACAUCAGCAAAUUUGCUGAUGAUACUAAGCUGGGUGGCAGUGUGACAUGUGAUAAGGAUGUUAGGAGAAUUCAGGGUGACUUGGAUAGGCUGGGUGAGUGGGCAGAUACUUGGCAGAUGACGUUUAAUGUGAAUAAGUGUGAAGGAGUCCUUGUUCAUCAGUCAUUGAAGGUGAAUGAGCAAGUGCAGCAGGCAGUGAAGAAGGCUAAUUGAAUGUUGGCCUUUAUUACAAAGGGAAUUGAGUACAAGAGCAAGGAAAUCCUCUUGCAUUUGUACAGAGCCCUGGUGAGACCACACCUGGAGUAUUGUGUACAGUUUUGGUCUCCAGGGUUAAGGAAGGACAUCCUGGCUGUAGAGGAAGUGCAGCGUAGAUUCACAAAAUUCCUGGGAUGUCUGGACUGUCUUACGCAGAGAGGUUAGAGAGACUGGGCUUGUACACGCUGGAAUUAAGGAGAUUGAGAGGGGAUCUGAUUUCAACAUAUAAGAUUAUUAAGGGAUUGGACAAGAUAGAGGCAGGAAAUAUGUUCCAGAUGCUGGGAGAGUCUAGUACCAGAGGGCAUGGUUUGAGAAUAAGGGGUAGGUCAUUUAGGACAGAGUUAAGGAAAAACUUCUUCUCCCAAAGAGUUGUGGGGUCUGGAAUGCACUGCCUCGGAAGGUAGUGGAGGCCAAUUCUCUGGAUGCUUUCAAGAAGGAGCUAGAUAGGUAUCUUAUGGAUAGGGGAAUCAAGGGAUAUGGGGACAAGGCAGGAACCGGGUAUUGAUAGUAGAUGAUAAGCCAUGAUCUCAAAAUGGCGGUGCAGGCUUGAAGGGCCGAAUGGUCUACUUCUGCACCUAUUGUCUAUUGUGAGUAUGGGCAAGGAGAGGCUCAUCCACACCGCUAGGAACUUGAAGUUCUUAACAGUCUCCACCACAGUUUGUACAGACAGGUGCGAGUGCACCGCACCACCCACCACCCCUCAACCCCAACCCAGACCUCCUAAAAGUCAAUGAGCAGCUCUUUGGUGUUUCCUGCGCUGGGAAGGGAUGUUGCCUAUCUGUCUCCUUUGUGCAUACUGACUCAGUUAUUUGUCUAUCUGUCUCCUUCCUGUACACUGACUCAGUGAGAUACAGCCCGCUACACAACGUAUCAGUCAGGUGUUCCCAACCUUUUCGAUGCCAUGGACCCCUACCAUUAACUGAGGGGUCCGUGAACCCCAGGGUGAGAGCCAGUGGUAUGAGUGGAGUUAGAGCAGAAUCUGGCAGAGUGUGGAAUGUUAUAUACCAGUGUUAAACAGUGACAAACACAUCCCACCAGUACUGUAUCCAGUGUUACAUAAUUUCAGACCUUACCUCAUCAUUACCAUACCCCAGUGUUACAGAAUUACAAAUCCUUCCCCAUUACUGUAGCCAGUGUUACACAAUCACAUACCCUUCUCCACUAUUUCUGUACCCCAGCAUUACACAAUUACAGACCUAUCCCCACCAGUACUUUUCCCCAGAGCUGCAAAUACAGAUCUGUCCCCACUAUUACUGUACCCCAGUGUAAUGCAUCAACUGUCUGAUGUCCAUUUUAUUCCUGUAACUCCUAAUUUUUGCUAAAUUACUCAUCUCAUUUCUGCCUCAGUUUUGGACUCACUCAGUUGUGUUUCUGAAAUCUAAAUAAUCAGACUCAGUACUUUUCACUGCCUUGAGCUUUCUGAUGUCACGUAACUACAUUGUGGACUCAAUCGAAUUGCAAAUACUUUAUACUGUAUUAUAAACAGUUUCUGUUACAGCAUUACAAAUAUAUCAGUACGCAUUUCACUGUCAUAUUUUUAAGCUUUGGUUGCAGCCACUGACUGAUAUUUACUGUGUGUUAUAUUACAUAGACACUGAUAAGCCAUGUCUUGAGCAGACAAUAUUUUCAGCACUGGUAUUCAUGUUCCUACCGCUCAGCAACAUUGUCGAUACUGAUAUAAAAGGGUGUUUUUUAGUCAACAUGUUUGUAUAAGUAAAUUUUAAUGAAGUGAAUGUAUAUUUUGAAAAAAUGUAUUUUGUCAGCGAAGAACGAUUAAACAUUGAUGUUGGUAAGAAGAA